AUUUGUCAGACUACACACAGGUCAUCUACCGUCUGCAGGUCUGACACAGAUCAUCACCCAUAAUACACAACUCAUCAGGUGUGUUUGGUGCUGAGACAGUAAUAAUGAAGUCAGUGACUGAGGGAGAUUCUGUCACUCUAAACACUGAUGUUACUGAACUACAGAAAACUGAUCAGAUACUGUGGAUGUUUGGAUCUCAAGAGACUCGUAUAGCUGAAAUCCAUAAGCUGAACAUUGAUAUGUAUGACAGUAAUGAGACAUUUGGAGACAGACUGAAGAUGGACACUCAAACUGGAUCUCUGACCAUCAGAAACAUAAAAACUGAAGACUCUGGAGUUUACAAACUACAGAUCAUCAGCAAAACCACCUCCUACAAGAGAUUCAAUGUUACUGUUUAUGCUCCUCUACCUGUUCCUGUCAUCACCAGUGACUUUUUAAUCUGUUCUUCAUCAUCUGAAAGAUCAGUGUCUAAAUGUUCACUGCUGUGUUCAGUGUUGAAUGUGAGUGAUGUGACUCUCUCCUGGUACAAAGGAAACAGUUUAUUGUCCAGCAUCAGUGUGUCUGAUCUCAGCAUCAGUCUCUCUCUACCUCUGGAGGUGGAAUAUCAGGAUAAAAACACCUACAGCUGUGUGAUCAACAAUCCCAUCAGCAACCAGACCAAACAUCUCAACAUCAGUCAACUCUGUCAC